AUGAAAACUAAGAUCUCAAGGGUCUAUGUAAGGACUAAUGCUACUGAGACCAUCCUUGUAGUAAAGGAUGGAUAUCAAUGGAGGAAAUAUGGUCAGAAGGUGACCAGGGACAACCCAUCUCCUAGGGCUUACUUCAAGUGUUCCUUUGCACCAAGGUGCCCUGUAAAGAAGAAGGUGCAAAGAAGUGCAGAAGAUAGAUCCAUAUUAGUAGCAACUUAUGAAGGAGAGCAUAACCAUCCAAACCCUUCAAGACCUGAGACAUCAUUGGGUUCAAAUCAUGGUGUAGCCACUCUAGGCUCAAUCCCCUGUUCUGCCUCCAUUAACUCAUCUAGUUCGGGUCCAAUGAUAACUCUAGAUCUAACCCAUCAGCAGCAGCAGCAGCAGCAGCCUCCUCAGCCUGGGACGGUGGUCAAUGAAGUGAAGAAUUCAAGCCCAGAUCAAGUAAAGUCACCGGCUUUCCAACAGUUUAUGAUUGAGAAGAUGGCUUCUUCUUUGACCAAAGAUCCAACUUUCACGGCUGCACUUGCAGCUGCCAUCUCUGGAAGAUUUCAACAGCAAUCUGUAGCUGGAAGAUGGUGAUAUAUAGUUUAUUUCUUUAGAGAAUUUUCUUGUAUUUUGUUUUGAUUCAUCUUCAGCUCUUUGAAGAAUGGAGAAACCAUCGAAUGUAAAUAGAAUUUGAAAUGAAAAAAAGAGUCUUUAAUUCUAAACUUA